AUGCGAGCAAGGCGAUCCCCGAGUGAUGCUCAUCCCAGCAGACUGGGUCGGGCGGAUCUGGGUCAUACUUGGAUGCUCGACCAGGAUGGCAGAUGGAUAUGGGGUGCUUCGACGGGAUUUGGUCAACAGGGUUCUCAGCAGGCAGAGCCCGCCGCCGCAGCAUGGCAUCAGAAGCGGAUCAGUGGGCUCGGCAGGCUCGAUUGGUGCGGUGCUUUCGAUCAGGACCUCGAUCUACCCAGAACUAUGACGAAGCAAGCGCUUCAGCCGCUCGCCAUGUGCCCCCCUUGUGAACACAUUGGCCAGGCUCCAACGCAGCAGCACGGAUCACCCGAGGACAGAGCGCCAAGUGUCCAUGUGCUGAUCCUGCUAGGCUCUGGCUCCGAGUGCAGCUUCGGCGUCUUGCACGCAGCCGCAGGUCGUCCGACGCAACUUUUCCAACAAGGCUUUGCAAUCGAGAAGGCACUGCUUUGCAGCACAUUAGGGCCUGAACAGCUGCAGCCCUUUGCACUCGAAAUGCCACUUACUCAGCCCUAG